GCGCAAAGCUUGGACUGGGGUGUGGUGUAUGUGUGUGUAUACACACACACACACAAUUCUUCCACGUUUCAGCAGCAGCAGCAUAUUAUUCCAUGAAGUUAAGGUUCAAAAUAUAAUAUGAAAGAAAGAGGCGUUUUCUGCUUCAAACAGAGCUAUAUUCUCUCUUCUUUAUCCUUUUCUCUCCCUUCUCUCUCUUGCUUCUGCCUCGCUUUUUCGGCGUUGCGUUUUGUUUUGAUUGGAAGCUUUUGAACUUCCGAGGCUUUGAUGCUUGAGCCGUUGGGCUCCCUGAUCGUUCAGGCAUGCUGGAGCCAACUUGUGCUCCCUCCUUCGAUGACCCUUCGGGGUCUGUCGGUUUCUAGAUCCGACAACCCUCGGCUCUUUCCUGUUGAUCUUGGUAGGGGCUCGUUGGUUUUUUCCUUUUUUGUUUUGUUUGGUGUAGAUCGACGGCCUUCUUUCUCCUUUGACGGAUCUGAGGUGGCGCACGCGAGGGCUACCAGAGCUGACGCCCACCGCAGCUCUCCUGCUAGUUUCGAGGAACUUCCGCCGCCAGAUCUGGUGACCGCCCGGCAUCCUGGAGCCUGGUGCUAUUUAUUCAAGGGUAGAUAGAAAGGUGUCUGGUAUGGAUCGGUCGACCGAAGGCCGUGGUUUAUUCGGGGUAAUUCGUGGUUGUUCGAGUGCUGAGUGCACCUCCCUUCAGCCUCUGGAUAUGGGUCUACUCUGAUCUUUUGUUCCAGUUGUUGUUACUAUUUGUUAUCUUUGUAGAUGCCGUAUACCGGUAAUUGUAAUGAAACCAUUCCAUUAUC